AUGGUCAUCCUACAGAGCGCGCGACGUUGCCGCUCCGCCGAACCGCUCUGCCAACCGACACCGACGCACCCGCGGCAUUUGGCGAGUAGAGCCGCCACGAUAAGCCAAGUAGCUAAGUCUAACACCCACUGGCUUAUCGUGGCGGCUCUACUCGCCAAAUGCCGCGGGUGCGUCGGUGUCGGUUGGCAGAGCGGUUCGGCGGAGCGGCAACGUCGCGCGCUCUGUAGGAUAACCAUACGCUCUAGCAUCCCGCAUAGCCGGACGGGCGACGGUGCGACUGCGUUUGCACAACGGUUACUGCACCUGGUUUGUCGUUCCUCCGCGAUGCAGCAAAAUAGCACCGCGUACGUCGCGAACCGUCGGAUUCAGAGCGCGCGACGUUGCCGCUCCGCCGAACCGCUCUGCCAACCGCCACCGACGCACCCGCGGCAUUUGGCGAGUAGAGCCGCCACGAUAAGCCAGUGGGUGUUAGACUUAGCUACUCUAGCGAAAAGUAUGGGCGAGAAA